CCUUAGCAUAUGCGUUAUGUGCAGGUGGCUGGGGUGGCCAGGGCCGGCGACGUCGUCGGCGAGAUCGGGGUGCUGUGCUACAAGCCCCAGCUCUUCACGGCGAGGACGCGGUCCCUGUGCCACCUCCUGCGCAUGGAGCGCACCGCGUUCCUCAGGAUCGUCCAGGCGAACGUCGGCGACGGCACCAUAAUCAUCAACAACCUUAUCCAGUACCUCAAGGAGAAGAGGGACAGCGGCGCCAUCGCCGGCGUCGCGGAGGAGAUCGAGUACUUGCUAGUUGCUAGCUCGGGGCCAGCUCGAGCUCCCCGUCACGCUCUGCUACGCCGCGUCCAGAGGAGACGACUUCCUCAUGCAUCAGCUCCUCAAGCGCGGGGUCGAUCCCAACGAGUCAGAUAACUAUUGGCAUACAGCACUGCACGUCUCAGCUUCCGGUGGACAUGAGCAGUGCAUCAAGCUUCUGCUAGAGCAUGGCGCUGAUCCUAAUGCUUCAGACGCGCAAGGAAGAGUGCCCCUGUGGGAGGCCCUGUCGCGGGGGCACCGCGGGGCCGCGCAGCUGCUGGCGGACGGCGGCGCGGACCUGGCGUCGGGCGACGCGGAGCUCUACGCGCGCGCGGCAGUGGAGGCGGGCGACGUCGCGCUGCUGGAGGACGUGGCGCGCCACGGCGGGGACGUGACGGUUGCGUGCUGCGACGACGGCGGCACCGCGCUCCACCGCGCCGUGCUCCAGGGGGACGUCGGGAUGGCCAGGGCCCUGCUGGAGCACGGCGCCGACGCCGACAGGGAGGACGGCGGCGGCCGGACCCCGCGGGACUUGGCGGGCCAGCUCGGCCACCGCGACAUGCACCAGCUGUUCGGGCCGCCGUCGCAGUCGCAGCACCGGGAAGCGGUGGAGAGUCCGAUCAGGCGGCAGGGCUCGGGAACGGAGGACCAUGGCAGCAGCUGCAGGCCCGCCGUCGCGGUCGCGGCUCGGCCGGCGGUCACCAGGUUCAAGAGCGCGCCCGCGGCGAGGGUCCCGGUCGCGGUCGCGCAGCACGACGGCGCCGGUUUGUCGCCGUCGCCGUCGCCGUCGUCGUCCAGGCAUAGCAGUCCGCGGCGGAUGGUCAGCUUCCGGAACUCCCUCUUCGGCGUCCUCUCCUCGUCACAAGUGAACAGGCACGACGGAGCAGCUGGUGGCGGGGGGCAUAGCCUCCACGAGAGGCACACUCACAGCAGGUCCCGGGUCAGGGUGACCGUCUCCUGCCCCGAGCAGGGCGUCGGCGCGAGGAAGCUGGUGUUCAUGCCUGAGACGAUGGCGCAGCUCGUGGAGCUCGCCGGGAGCCAGUUCGGGUUCGCCCCGACGAGGGUGGUGACCACGGACGGUGCCCAGGUUGACGACGCCAGGCUCGUCAGGGACGGCGACCACCUCCUAGUCGUCACCCAUCAGUGGCAGAGGGUGCCCGACACUAAGAUCGUGCAUACGAAUCAGUAGAUGUGAACGUAUUAGAGCAGCGUGUUUGGACAUCGUGGCUGUUCACUGUAUUGGUAACUCAGAACUGAUUUAUUAAGCGAAAUAAUCGUAUAUAUGCCCAGCUGCGACGGGCAUAGAUUU